CAGCACCUAAAAUGGCCACCAAAGGAGACGGAGACUCAGCGUGAGAUGGGGGACAGGCCGUGGGAGGCGCAGCGCAUCCUCUCUGUGCCAUCUCCUUCCCACCCCCUCCUACAGGUUCAUGCUUCCCUCUUUCCACUGUACUGUCUUAGGCCAAUACAGGGUCAUCCCCUGCAGUCUAGUCUCCAUUGCUCUAUUAGAUCCCUUUUUAAACGACCCACAUUUAUCACUGCUUAGGGCCCAUGGAGCUUUCCAUCUGCAAAGCAUGGGUGGAGCAUUACCUAAUUCAGCCCUGGCUCCUAUCCUGGGAGUGGGUCAGUGUCAUUAGCUCCACUUUACCGAUGGAGGCACCGAGAGGCGACGUGAUUUACUCAAGGGCUCAGAGGGACUCAGUGGCAGAGCCGGGGUUAGCACUUGAGGAGGAGUUCCCAGCACCGAGGCCUCUGCUCAGGCUGACGAACCACGCCUCUGUCUCUCCUUGCGUAUGUCUACAUGGGUGGUGGUGCAGCCAUAUGCGUCAUCCCCGGGGUUAUCAUUUAAAGAAAUAAAUAGUUCUCCUGCUCACACGCACACACGCAGAGCGAGCCAGCUCUGCCAGAGGGAAACGUUCCUCUCUCUUGCACCUUGCGAGCACAACCAUGUCCUUCAGCCACCUGAAGUUCAAGGAGCUAGGGGAAGAGGAGUCGAACUCAGACAAGGAGAACCUGGACAGCGUGAAGGCCCUGACGGCCAAGCUGAAGCUGCAGACUAGGAGGCCUUCCUACUUGGAAUGGAAGGCCCGCGUGCAGAGCCAGUCCUGGAGGAACGGGGUCAAGGAGGGAGCCAUCAGCUCGCUGAAGGAAGAGCAGGGCGGAGAGGUGUUUCUCGAGGGGACUCAAGCCGACGUGCCGUCCAGGAGCAUCUGUGGGUUUGCCACCAUGGAUGAUGCCCUGGAGUGGCUCAGGAAGGAGCUGCAGGAGAUGCAGGCUGUGGAUCACCAGCUGGCGCGGCAGCUGAUGCGGCUGCGGGGGCAGAUUCACCAGCUGAAGGUGGAGCAGGUGUGCCACCAGCACAAGGAGAUGCUGGACAAUGCCACCUUUGGCCUGGAGGGCUGUGAGGAGGACACAGACCUGCUCUGCAACAUUCCUCCCAAGGCUGCCUUCUUGCUCUCCACGCCACUCAAGCACAUUGGCGUCACUCGCAUGAACAUCAACUCCCGGCGCUUCUCCCUCUGCUGAGGGCCCUGGCCUCCUGCCCAGGGCUGCUUGGGCCGGGCACCUCUUCACGGCCCAUCCACGGCAGGGAGCAUUAGCAGGGCCCAGCCGCCGCGCCCCAAACCUGGCCCGUGUGCAUGCGCAUACCUAGAAGCUCAGGCUGAAGGCUCAGGUCCUGAGCGGGUGGGUCGGGUUAUAUACAGGCCAGCGUAGUGGUCUGCCCAGUUACGGCGGCCGAGGGAAGUGGUGAGUAUACAGCGUAUUCCCCCCUCCCCGAUGACUGGUGUUGCAGGUCUGUAGGCUAGCAGGGCUGCCACCUCCCAUCAGAUGCUGCAGCCUGCGGCCUGACCCUCUCCUGCCAUUCACAGCCACCUCUGGUCAGUCCCAGCAGCGUCCCACGCUGGGUACAGCAGCCAGCUAGAAACCAAACCUGACCGAACUGAGGCUGGGCUAACGCGCUGCUUGGAUUGCCUGGCACCAGAGGUGCAGAGACCUGCCAAGUCAAUGCAGCGCUGAGCCCCGCCGGCCCAGGUGGAGCUCAGCGCGGCCCCUUGAGGCACUGGAGCCCGUGACUGGUUUCAGGCCCCACAGCAGCCAUGCUACCCCUUCUGGGCCUGCCUUGCAAAGACAGGUAGGUGUGCUCCGUGGAGCCAGUGCUGCCCACAUACCCCACCCCCCAAUGCCAGUUGCAUAGCUCUGGCCAGGGGCCAGUCCCUCCUCAGCCAGCUCUGUCCUAGCUUAGGAAGCAGCGUCUGUAAUGCACAGCGCCGUGCACUUAUGUUAACCCCGGAGUCACACUUCCCUGAGCUGAAACGCUAGCGCUGCGGGGCCAGAGGUGCACAGGCUGCAGUGGCCGGUGCUUGCAGAGAGGGGGCAGGGUUUGGUGAGCAGCUCGGUGAAUUCUCCCCAGCCUGCGAGUCUCGUGGCUCAGCUGGGUGGGGGAGAGGGGGAGAUCUAAGGCGUCUUCUGUGAUGCACGUCACGCUGCUGGGUCCCAUUCGCUGCUGCAGAAAAAACAAGCAAAAAAAGUUUCUGUGCAGAAAUAAAAGACGGCGUCUGCAAAGGUGUCCUUGUUUCCUUCUGUCUCUCACGCACAGUUCAGCCUGGCUCCA